AUGACCACCAAAGUCGACCCCGUUGAUACCAACUUCACAGUUUUCAUACGGUUGCCAUUCCCUCGGGGGGACUUUAUCGAUCCGCCACCGGUGGAAUGGAACGCUUCCAAAGACCAAGCGCUAUGGGAUAUUCUCUCCCGGCCAUCGAAAGGAGACAUUGACUGGAAAGCUUUGGCAGAGAACUUUGAUGUCACACUGCAGUUCUUACUCCAACAGGCAGCAUGGCUUUACGACCGCCAGCUAUCACAGGUUCGGGCUCAGAUGCGGAAGGUUGGGACUACGCAGUCAAGCUCUCCUUCCCCAGCUCCAGGUUCUGUCACUGGGAGUACGGCCUUGGGUGGGCAGUCACAGAGAGACACCCCCACGCUAGGUUCUCGGGCGACAUCACGACAUGUAGCUCAACAAAAAGAUAUUCAGCGAGCUCCUGACAACCGACGCACAAGUGUCACGUCAAUUACCACUAUUACUGCUACUAAUACAGCCCGGGGGUCUCGCGACCCUGUACGCACUGGCACACCCACAAUCGACGAUAAAGAACCACACUGGGAUGCUUUUGGUCGUCGCCCUUCGGCUGUCAGACGGGAACAGCCGCCCGUCGCGUCUUUACCUAAAUCUCCCACACUAGAGGAAGAGUCUCUAUCUUCUAGCUCGGAGGAAUCUGACUCCGAUGAUGACGCAGACCCACGGGCACCCCGAUUCAAACGGUUUGGUAAAUUCUCUAUGCAGCGCUCUGGUCUUCGGGAUGAUGAGGACGACGAGGAUGAUACCCCAGCAUUCCUCCCCUUUCCCCGGGAAACUGAACACGCUUACCGAGAACGACCAGUCCAUGGAAGUGCCACUCUCCGCUUAGAUGCCGAGCGAGGAGCAGCUGUGCAAGGCCGACGUGCCGAUCAGCAAUCUGGUCCCCGGACACCGACAGCUACGGAGUCCUCCACUAGCUCGAUGAGUUCUGGUGGGCCUGUCAUUGUACCCGGAAAUAGACGGAUCAGCCAGGGCCCACCAAUCUAUAGCCCCCAGCGCGUCGCUCACUCGCGCCAAAACUCCCGCAAGUCCACCGCCUCCGGUCGCGAAGCUAGUGACGGUACCCCCAGCAUGGGUAGCAGCUUCAGUGACCUCGACGAUGCAAGCGUCACGCAAUCUGCCCUGGAGGAGGCCCUUCUCAGUAACAUGCAGCACGGUGGAAUGGCGAGUCGGAUGAGUACCAUCAGCCAAGCAUUGCGUAGCCGGUAUCUGCAAUGA